AUGAGCUUCUCUCAAUUCCCACCUUCAUCUCCAUUUUUGGAUACUCAUGAAGAAGAUGUGGAUCCAUUUAGUUUUAAAUCUAAAAAACAAUUCAUCAUCAACACUCCAUUCAAUAACCAAAAGUCUUCAAAACAAUCUCCAAUUAAAGAAACUUAUCCAACUCCAAAUCCAAGUUCUUCAAUUGGUCAAAUUCGUUCUUCAUCUCCUGCUCGUGAUUCUUCAAAUACUACAAAUCAACAACUUCAAAACCAAUCUUCAAAUUUAUCAGAUGAAGAAAAUCAAACUGUGGAAUAUAAAAAUCCAUUAGAUGAUGCUCUUAGAGUUAAAUUAAAUUCAAAUCAAACAAUUACUCUUGGUAGAUCAAAUCGUUGUGAUUAUUUUAUUAGAUCAAAAUUCGCAUCUCGUCUUCAUUUAAAAUUACAAUAUUUAAAAGAUUCAAAUGAAUUGAAAAUCUUAUGUCAAGGUUUUAAUGGUGUUGUUAUUAAUUUUGGUACUGAAUUAAAAGGUUUUAUAAAACAAUUAGAAAAUAAUACAUUUUAUUUCCAAAAAGAUUCAACUAAUGAUAAUAAAGAUUCACAAAUUUUCAAAGAUUUAUCUGUUUUCAGAGAUGAACAAAUCACAGUUCCUUAUUUAGAUACUUUAACUUUAGACUUAAAAGGUCAUGUUACUUUAUUAGAUUUAAAUUUAAAUGAAAAUGAUGAUUCGGAAACUGAAGAUGAAUUACCAGUCCUAAGUAAUCAAUAUAGAUCAAGUUUAAGUCCUUCAAAUUUUGAAAAAGUUUCUUUGAAACCUAUUGAGCAUAAAGAUAUUGGGGAAAAUAAAGAAUCAAUCAAAUCAAUUGAAACUAAACCAGAAGUUAAGGAAGUUAAACAAGAAGUUAAACCAGAAGUUAAACCAAUUGAAAAGAAAGUUGAAAUUGAAGCAACUCCAAAAAUUGAAUCAAAAGAACAACUAUCAGAAAAAUUAAUUAAAACUCCAGAAUUAAAUCAUUCAAAAUCAAUGGAAACUAUCAAUUCUAUUGAUAUUUCUACAAAUUCAAGAUCAAAAUCUGUUGAACCAUCAAUUAAACAAUCUUCAUCAAAUACAACACCAUUACAACCAAAAUCAGAAUCACAAUUGAACAAACAAUCACAACAACUAUCACAACAACAACAACAACAACAACAACAACAACAACAACGUCGUCGUAAAGCUGAACCAGGUUUAUCACCACAAAAAAAGAAACAAAUCAUAAAACAUCAACAACCAAAAGAAAAAAUUUCACAAUUAAAUAUUAAAGAAAUUAUUAAAACUGUUCAAGAUUUAUCAAAUGUUCAAAAUGUCCUAAUUAAUCAUUUAGCUUUUUCAAGAACUUCACAAACUCCUUUAUAUCAAUUACAAACUGUUAGUAAUGUUACUCAAUCAUUAACUCGUACUCAAUUACGUGCCAUCUUGUUUGAUAUGUCAUGUAUUGGAACCAUUUAUAGAAAGGGGAAAGAUGCUGCUGGGAAACCAUUAGAUGAAGAAUAUUAUUAUGAUUUAGAAAAAGAUCAAGAUAUUGAUAGAAAAACUCUUGUUGAAAGUGUUAAAGGUGCAAGUGCAGGUUUAAGAAAUUGUAGAAAAACUCAUAAACAAUAUUUUUGGAGAAAACCAACAAAAUAA